GUUUUUUGAAGGUGUACCAUGCCAGUAUCGGAUCAACAUUGAAGUGUUUCGAAUGCAUAACUAACGACUAAAGAUGUCAUACCAAACCUUUUGAGCUCAACUGCAAUGGAUGACUUAGACCAUAGUGUGCUGAUAGCAGAGCAGGACUGGGACUGUUUCUGUACAGAGAGUGAGGAAUGUUCUGUUCAGCAGGCUAAGCUUGCAGCCUUAGAUGAGUCUGGCUUCAGUGACACUGACGAUGACAAAACCUUUGUCCACGUGUCAUCUGUUCCCACCCAGGCCAGCCCUGACCAACCCUGUGAAGAAGACAGCAUAGAAGGACAAAAGCAGCAUCAAAUAGGAGAGAAUUCAGAGUUUACUGAAUAUCCUAGUCCUAAUUCAGAGCUACAGAAUACCAGGUUUGCUGAGCAGAUGUCCGAUGCUGGAGCAAAUGAAUCGGGGGCUACAUAUGAAGACAGCAACCUGACUGAGAAGUUAAACUUAGAGAAAUUAAGAGGAAAUUGUGAGAAUAAGGACAAUGGUGAGAAUAAAUUAAGUCAAGCCACAAACACGCCAGUCUCUGAAAUGUCUAUAGAAGAAAUAAAGCAUGAAAAGAGUAUAGAUGGCAUAGAAAUGUUAACUGAAAUGACAGGCUGUUCAACAGUGGCCAAAAAAGAGAAGGAACGUUGGUUUGUGACUGUAAAUGACAGCCCAGUCCGUCUGACAGUAAAGGAUCCCACCUCAGUCCAAAAAAAAAGAAGGAAAAAAAAACCUUCUAAAAACUUCAGACAGAAUACCGGAGUGAUGGAGAAGUGCUCUUCCUUAAAUAACAAUGCAAAACCAGAUAAAGAAACUACCGAGAGACAAAUAACGCAGGAGAAAUUUGAACAAGAAAAUAUUUAUUUUUACUCACCCAAUAUUCAAAAUGUGCUUGAUAUCCAAGAUAUUAAAUGUAUUUCACCCACUGGAUCAUCUGAGGGUGAAGAGGAAAAAACAAGCUCUCCUAUUAGUCUAAAAAAGGAAAGCAUGACAGAAAUGCCAGAAGCAAAAUUAGAAAAAAAUCCUGCAGACUUUCUAAAUUCACUUUUAACCCCCAAACAGAUGCCACAGACCAUAUUUAAAGAUCUUACUGGCUCUUUGCCACAGUACUGUGAUCAUGAAAGCGCAGUGUGUGAUAAAUAUGACAAAUCCGUAGUAGAAAUGAACUGUGAAUGUCAACAUACAACUGAUCAUUUAAGCCAGUUUAAUAAUGACACAGAGGUGGAAAGUCCCAGAUUUAUUCUGGGUGCCUCUAAACCCACUGCUCCUUCAAAUACUAAAGAAGAAAAAACAGAACAGCAAGAGCCCUUGGGAAAGUCUUAUAAUAGAGAAGAAUCCCAAGAGACACAAUCCUCUAGUAACAGUGCCAAGACUUCAGGUCCAACUCCACCCAUAUUUGCCAUUUCCUCCUUUUGGGAUGAAAUGGAAAAACUGACAAUAAAUGAUAUUUUGCAACUUAGAACAGCCAAUAACAGGACAGAAAGCAUAACUCCAGAAGAAAGCAGCCCUGUGGUCACUGUCAACGCUCAUCUUUUAGAUAGGGGUGAGAUGGAAUCUAAAGAUGAUAGUUUAGAAGAUGGCCUGGUAGAUGAUGCAGCAGAUUCAGACUAUUUCACACAUUUGGAUGACUCUAAACCAGACCGAUCAAGCUGUGAAUUCUCAACUUACUCUGAUUUCGAUGAAGAGUUUCUACAGCUUCUUCAUGCAAGUGCAAACCCUAGCCCUGAACCCCUUGAAGGCAAAGAGCAAACCCAAAUGUUUUUUGAGUCUGGCAUGGAUUCAGAGAGUGAAUCAAAUGAGAUGGUGAAGCUGUGUCCUGAGAGUGAUCCCUCACUAUAUUUGUAUUCAGAGACAGAAGCAGAGAUGCAGGACAUAUUUCUAAUAGCUAAAGAGGACAAGAACAUGAAUGCCUUUCUACUGGACCAUUGUAACACAAGAAGAUCAACGUCUUCACCAGUUUUAUCGAUUUCUGAUAUUCUAGACAAUCAGUGUCUGCAGACUCUCUUCGAAAUCUUGAGAAGUGACACCGAAGCAGAACAACACCAGAGUUGUAUCCCAGAUAGAAGCACUUCGCUUUGUUUUUCACAGAACUUAUCUGUGGCUGAGACUUACGAUGACUUCUUCUCAGACUUUGAAGUUGGAAAUUUUCUCUUUCCUUCAAUUCAAGUUUCAACAAAGAGUGAGAAAACAUUGGUUCCUAUCUAUUCCUCUUCUCAUUCGGUGGUGAAAGACCUAGAAUAUCCAGAGGUAGAAGAGGUGAUACCGUUGGAUUGUGAAGACAAGAGCACCCCAAUCCGAGUUAUGAGGUGUGCAAAGCCCUCUGAAACAUCAAACAUUUGCUUUAUCACUAGUACCUGGAGAAACCUUUCUUUGAGACGCACCAAACUUUUAAUGGGAAGGACCUGGUGUAGGAUGGCCACCUCUUGGGGUUUUCCCAAGACAGCUGACACAGUCUACGGUUAUAGAACGAGAACUACAAGUUCUUCUAUAGCUCAGCCAAAGCUUCAAGAGCUUUUUCUAGAGAACCAGGCCCUUGGACAAGUGACAGAAUAUCAGAUACGUGUUGGGGCAACGGUCGCAGACGCAGAUAGAGAUCGUGCUCUUUUUUUAUUAAAGCAAACAGACAUGUGCCUUGUUUGCAUUGCUUUUGCGUCUUGGGUACUAAAAUCAAGCAACCCACAAUCUACAGACAUGUGGAAAGCAGCUCUUCUGGCAAACGUGAGCGCGAUAUCUGCCAUCCAGUACUUGCGGCGAUACGUAAAAGAAGGAUGAACCAUAAAAAUCUAGUAUUAGAGCUUUCUGAGGAUUUCUCACAAGGGGCCAGUGUACAUGAAAGGGUUAAUUUUGCACAAAUUCACAACAAACACUUUAGUAAAUACACAUAUUAGAUUGUAUUCCAUAUUUACUAACAGUCUAAUAUUUUCAUGUUUAAUAUAUUCAUGUUACAAAAUAGGUGUUCAAUCAAUAAAUAACUUAUCAAAGGACAAUUCUGUUAAA